CGAUUGAGUUUUGUGAUUUAGUGUGUGCCUGCGAGUGACAAGAGACGGUGGCAGAGCAUAAUAAGAACCAAGCGGAAAAAAGGCACGAGAAUUUGAAAAUGUUUUUUCGCACAAAACAGUUUCUAUUUUUGCUAUUAGCAAUAGCAACAACAACGUCAACUAGAGCGGCAAUAAUACGCACGCCACACGCCACCUCGAAAAUUUCGCCGGAAAUCAUCAACGAACUAAAAGACUUUCUCGAUCUAAUACCCACAGCGACGGUGGACGAAAUCGUCGCCAAGCACUACAUAACCGACUCGAAUUUCCGCGAAGUGCUCAAAUAUCUGCGCAGCACGCAAUUUACGGCACUGGAGCAGCAAGCCCAACAAAUACCGGAGGUUGUAGAGAUUCUGGAUUAUUUGCAUUUGCUUGUGCCUAAUGCUACUGCCUUGCACAAACAUCAUCGGCAGCAGCAAGAGCAGGCCAUAUACGGCACUGUGAACUCGAGGUCAUUCGAUGUGCAGUUGUCGCAGGAACCGCAGCUCAAUUUUGUGCUCUUGAAUGAGCUGAACGAACACGAAGUAUUGCGGACUGAGCCGGAGGAGGGGGAGAGUGUGUCAACGUCAGCGCCAUCGCUGACUACUAGAUUAACGGCGCAACCAGCACAGGCAGCCACCCCUCGCCACUUACGCACGUUUAUCAGUUUCGUCGAAGAGCUGUUGAAGCAUUUGCCGCACGACCAAUACGUGCAACUGAUUAAUCAAAAGCGUCAGCAGAAUCUGGCAUUCGCACAAUUUUAUGCCGCGUUGCGCAGCGCUGAGCUGCGUCCGAUGGUCGAUGCGGCGUUGAAAUCUUCUAAUUUGACGACGAUAAUUAAAACACUGAGUUCGAAUGGAGUCGAUGUGGCGAGCAUGGAGACCAUAGCGUUUAAAGUGAUUUCCUGGGGACCUGUACCAGUAGCGCUGCCGUAAAGUGCUUGCAAAGUCACAGUGUUGCAUUUAAUUGGAGCACAAAAUAUGGUUUUAAUUUAAAUGGAUUUUGUAAAAGCUAAGGCUUUAUCCUUGGCCAAAACAGAACUGGGUGAAUUGACGAGCUUUGUUUUUUUUUUUUAAAUUGCAUGUAAACGUUCGGUGAAUUAUACAUUUUAUAUUAUAU